CGUUUAAAUAUGCAUCAGUUUUUGUACAUUUUUUGCGAUUAGCGUUAACGAGUAGUUUCUCCUCAUUCUUACCACUGUUUGCGAUAUGAAUUCACAAAUACUACGCCCGCAUGGUCAUCCCUACGAGCAGGAAACCCAUAAUGCUGGACUGCACGCUGAAGAUGAAGAUCAUGAGAAGAAGUCCGUUUUAAAGAAGGUGAAGGCCAAGGCGAAGAAAAUAAAGAACACACUCGUACAUGGCCAUGGUCACAACCAUGAUCAUGAGGAGGAUCGUCUGCAUCGUGUUCCUGAUGAUCAUGACCUGUACGAGGAGGAUGAUGACGAGGAUGACGAAAUGUUUGAUGACCCUCAAAUUCACGGAACAUCAGCAGCGUUUGAAUCUGCCGCUACUAAAAACUCCUCUGUAUCUGGACAAGCGGAAAGGUUAGAUGAUCCGGAGGCUUAUUAUGGUAGGUCUACAGCCAUGAAAGAUGAUUACUAUGGAGAUCACGCCAGAGUCACUGGUAGAGAGAAGAGCUUUCUUCCCGGGGAAGAAGUGGCUCUUCGGAGGACAAGUAAUAUUAAAGAAGUGCCUCAUACUCCACUAAAUGCACCUGCAUCCAUCACUCCUGGGAUUGUGGAACAAACCAAAGUUGCUAAUCCAAUUGAAACUUCCACUCGGGAACAAAAAGCAAAUUCUCGAGGGCAGCCGGAAGUUAAUUUGGAAAUGCCAAAAGGAUUGGAAGAGGAUCCGCAUGCUCCAAAAGAUAGACCUGAAGACACUACUCCUUCCAAUUAUCAGACAAAGGUAGCUGAUCCAACUGGAGCAGGCGGUGGAGAAAUAGGAAUUACUUCAAUUCUACCCUCUUUCGACAAAAUGAAUAUAACUAGCGAACCAAAACCAAGAGCAGAAGAGGAUCUCCCUACUAGACCACAUGAUAAGUCUAUCUUCCCUACUGGAAGCCAUGACCAAUUCUCACCAGAACCAAUUUCCCCGAUGCCUGUAGACUCCCAUGAUAGCUCUCGUUCCGUUUCAGAGACUCCUGAUGCAUCGAAACAGGGCAGCUAUAAAGAGAAAAUAUAUUCUGCCACUUCCGCAAUUGCUGAUAAAGCGAUAUCUGCAAAGAAUGUUAUAGCUUCCAAAAUUGGAUAUCAAGAGAACAAUAAUAAAGAACAUGAAAUGCAUGUAGGAGAAGAACAACGAAAGACCAACCUGGCCUCAUCACCAGUUGAAUACGGGAAGAAAGUCGCAGCAACUGUGACAGAAAAACUCUCACCUGUUUACGAGAAAGUUGCCGAGACAAGCAACAUCGUGAUGUCGAAAGUCCCUGGAAUCGGUGGUAGCAUUGGCAGUGAAGGAGCGAAUAACGUUAAGGGGCAAGAUAAAGGGGUCUCCGUAAAGGACUAUUUUGCAGAGAAAUUGAGACCUGGGGACGAAGACAGGGCAUUAUCUGAAGUGAUUUCGGAGGCUUUACACAAGCAAAAGCAAGAGAUGGAUCAGCCAAUUGGGAAAGUAACAGAAUCGGAGGAGGUGAAGAGGAGACUAGGGAGUAACGAAGAGAAUUUGGAGGAAAAUGUGGAUCAGAGUUCUGUGCGUAUUCCAGGUGGUGGUAUGAUGAUAGAUAAGAUCAAAGGGGCGGUUGGUUCAAUGCUUGGAAAACGCGUAGAAACUCAAGGCUCCUCCGCUGGUAAUGUAAGUGCCAGUGGAGAAGAAACAGGGGAGAAGAGACUUCAGGAAUCAGCAAAUUGAGCAAUGCCUUAUACUAAAGUAGUGUUUAUAUCGAAAAGAAAGUGGUUUCCUUGGUGUUGUGUGAUGGAGAAUAAGACCAGUUUAUGUAUUGAGCAGACUGGCCACUUUGUAUGCAUGCAUGUGUUGAACCUGAAAUCUUAUUGCCUUUGUUAUAUAUAAUUUCUUUGCUUUUUGCAUA